AUGAAUAAACUAUUUUUACCGCUAGUGCGAAUCCUUUCAUUACUCAGCUUUACUCACGCUCUUAUACAAGCACAACCAGUUCUACAAAAUAUUCAAAUAAUAGAUAGUUAUACCAAGACAAAAGAAUGUACGGACCCAGAUCAUUGGUUCAUUAUUGAGGGAAAAUUGUCCAUCCCGAAGGGAAGUCAGGAAAGUAUAUCAUUUCAAGUGCCUGAAGCCUUUGAUUCAUUCCCUCAAGAAUCUUUCAGCAUAAAAUAUAACUCGAACAGCGCCGCCACGAUAUCGCGGUCAGAUGAACCGACAAACAAUUUUACCAUUUCUAUUCCAGAGAAAAUUUCAGAAGAUAUAACCACCACAUUUAAUUUCCUUGCACAGCUUACAUCAGAUGCUAAGUCAAAAGUUACAGAACCGAAGUCAAUCGUGUACAGUUUCUAUUCAGAAGGUGAAAUGUUUAAUGACGUCAUUGAUUAUGUUGCUAAGAAUACCUCUGCUAUAACAACAAAUGGGGGCAUAUACAAAAAAAAUAAUACUGCCUGGUUUACUGUUGAUUUGCCAAUGGCAACUUUUUUACAGCCUUUUUAUCUGACUUCUCAAGCAUCGUCCUCUUCUGGAUAUGAAUUUAAUACCAAGCUAACUAAGUUCGAGGUUAUCACUGCUGUUGACUCUUUUAAUGAACCUCUUAGGUCCAUUCCAUAUACAGCUGUUCAUGAUUACUCCGCUGGAGACCAAAUCAAAUGCCUGUUUAAUUCUACCGUUAGUGGUGGGUUAUACUUGCGUGUGACUUACUUCACGAAGGAGCUAUCUAGCUCGUCCAUAUCGAAUGCUGUAGAGUUAAUAUAUCCUGAUGAGAUGACGUCUGAAAAACUUUUGAACAAAAGAGAUACUUCAACCACCUUAGGUUUGGAGUUUUUUUCCGAGUCAGCAGCUAAUAUUGAUCCCACCACCAGUGAUGAAACCACAAGUUCGAAUGCUGCUAUUGCACCAACUUAUUCAAACUCAACAAAUUCUUAUGCAUCACAAUCAUCAGUUGCUACAAGUUUAAAUAGUCAAAUUUCUACUUCUUCAGCCAAUAACGCCAGCAACGCGUUCCAAACUUCUUCAUCCGUUACUCCUCUGGCUGAAUCUGGCUCCAUAGUAAGCAAUGCGGAAGCUUCUUCCACGGUUACAGUAUCUACAGGUACCCAUUCUUCAGUAUAUGGUACAAGGCAGGUAUCUGUAGAUGUUUCAAAGGCGUCAACACUAAGUUCUUCGAAUUCAACCUUUUCUACUCCUUCAUCUACUCAAUCUUUCAUGGUAACCCAAAGGAGUACCAGCUCAGGUAGUCUAUCUGCUAUUGAAGCUUCAUACGUUAGCAACUCUACAAUCGCUGCUACUCAAACUGUUACGACUACUUCAUCAAGUGGUAAUGUAACUGUUUCCUCUAUUGAACAAUCUGCAACUACGACAUCAUCUGUUAGUAACAUCACAAUUUCAGUAUUAUCAUCUAAUACAAAACAUGCAAUAAGCCAUUCAUACGUUAGUAAUUCCACAGCUACUCCAUCUUCGUCUAUUCUCAAAUCCAUCACUAGCGUUCCAUACGUAGCAAACUCCACAACAUCAGCUGCAGCACAAUCUGCUACUAUUGCCCCCUUUGCAACUAAUUUUACAGUAGCCAGCCUUUCAUCCCAUAUUACAAAUACUUCCUCAGUUGACACUAUUACUUCCAGUUUAUCUUCCGGUCCAUUUGUGUCAAACAUAACGGUGGCGUCGGGGUCUUAUAGACUAAGUACUACUACAGAAUCUGCACAACUUACAGAAAUUGGAAGUUUGAUACCGAUCUCCACAAUUACUACUAGCACAACUAACCUUCCAACCAACCGAACUGGUUACGAUAAUUUAGUUUCUUCCACUGAAACAGUUCAAGCUACAACAACUAAUGAUUCACCUACAUUUUCAACAACCAACACUAAGGAUGCGACAAUACUCUUUAGUUCCAGAAACGCUACUUCUUCUUUAAAUUCCGUUUCUGGUUCGCUUCCAACCACUCAUGGUAAUAGCCCGCUAUCAACUUCUAUAAUUGGCACUAAACUUACCGCAGCCGCCACUGGCAGAAAUGGCAGUUCAAGUUCAGCUUCCCCUACUAACUUCAAUCAAACCAUAGCUACUGUUACGGAUAGGAGUGGCGCAUACAGUAUAACCUCAUCCACAGAGUCAGCACAGAUUACAGAAUACGGAAGCUUGCUUCCGAUUUCCACCCUACAAAAAUCUGCAUUUGCCACCGGUAGCGGUAAAAACGGUACCUCUGGUUUCGUUUCCUCUACCAAAUUCACACCUACUACUGCUACUGCUACUGCUACUGCUACUGAUAAAGGUAACGCUUAUAGUGUAAUAUCUUCUACAGAAUCCGCUCUGGUUACAGAAUAUGGUAGUUUGCUUCCAGUCUCUACCUUGAAAAAAUCAACAGUCAUUAUGGGCACCGAUAAGGACGGUUUGUAUACUUUGACCACAUGUAUUGAAUCCGCCGAAGCAACAGAAUAUAGUGGUUUAAUUCCAAUUUCUACAAUCCGAAGUUCAUACAUUUAUACUUUGACUGAUGAAAGCGUAGUAGCUAGUUACAGUACCACAAUAGAUGCUGCACAAUACGCCAAACAUACAAGUUUAGUUGCAGUAUCCACCAUAAAGGAUGCAAAAUCCUCUCUUUCUACCGAAGAAAGUGUAGUAACUGGUUAUAGCACCACAGUAGGCGCUGCACAAUACGCCAAGCAUACAAGUUUAGUUGCAGUAUCCACCAUAAAGGAUGCAAAAUCCUCUCUUUCUACCGAAGAAAGUGUAGUAACUGGUUAUAGCACCACAGUAGGCGCUGCACAAUACGCCAAGCAUACAAGUUUAGUUGCAGUAUCCACCAUAAAGGAUGCAAAAUCCUCUCUUUCUACCGAAGAAAGUGUAGUAACUGGUUAUAGCACCACAGUAGGCGCUGCACAAUACGCCAAGCAUACAAGUUUAGUUGCAGUAUCCACCAUAAAGGAUGCAAAAUCCUCUCUUUCUACCGAAGAAAGUGUAGUAACUGGUUAUAGCACCACAGUAAGUGAUGCACAAUAUAACAAACAUACAAGCUUAGUCCCCGUAGAUACAUUGAAGGUUAGUACAUUCCAAGAACCAACGAUAACUGAGGUUUGUACCACAUGUACCGCCGCAUCUUCCUUUCAUUCCGCAACUUUAGGUGCUUAUACUACGCUAACAAGCUCCAAAGAGUCUCUAUCUACAAUUGUUACAUGGUAUUCCUCCUCAACUAUCAAGCCUCCUUCAGUUUCCACUUACAUGGGUGCUGCCAAUCAAUUAAAUAUAAGUAUUGGUGGUCUAUUAUUGGGUAUAAUGUCUUUUCUAUUGUAA